AUGAGGCGGAUCAAGGCCCUUAAGGUUCUUCAACAUGACAGCCAGUCGUCAUGCCUCAGCAGUCAAGCAUCUGAAGUCCCUCAAGGUAUCCUGGAGGCGAAUGCAAGAGGAAUCUGGCAUGUGAUGGCCCAGAGCAUGAGGCGGAUCAAGGCCCUUAGGAUUUCAACGGACAUCACCACUGAGCAUGCUCAACGAUUUCUGACGUUCAGUACUCCAGGAUCUCAAGUCUUUCAAGGUAACCUGGAGGAUGAAGGCAUCCUUGGGGGACCCUUGGGGUUGUCUAAAGACUCGGAUCCGGGCCAUAUAGGCUGA